AUGAACUUCUUCACUAACGUAAGAACGCCUCCUGCUCUGGAAAUGAUACUGGACCCGGAGAACGACAGCGGCGUGUACCUGGACGACUGGGUGGAGGUGGAGAUGCUUCUCAGAAAUAUCUUAAUCAAUGCGCACAUUAUUGAGUUUACUUAUAAAAAUAUUAACAACAUCCUGCGGGGCAUCCUAUCUCCAGACCCCCGAGAGAGAGAUCUCUGUUUUGAAAUAUCUUUGUGCAUCCUGGAAAGAUCGCUCCUGGACAGAAACUGUAUCAUAAAUAUUUUGGUAGAGUUUUUGGUUGGCGAAGUGUCGCACUACGGGAUUGAUCUGGUGCUAAGGCUGCUGAAUGCAACCGGGCAUAUUUCUUCAGAGGACGUUUCAGAGAUAUACGUGCCUCUGUUGGGCAAGCCGCUCAACAAAAGAAUAAGAAAAGAGAUAGUAUACGGGAUCACCACCGUGUACACCUUCAGCAACUUGGACAUCAUCCUGGGCAGCAUUCUCAAGCACUGCAGACAGUUUGACUCUCUGAACAGCUUUAUUUCUCUGAUAAUCAUUGAAAUAUGCUGGGAGGGCGUGGAGAGCGUUUCAAAAGAGUCCUGCACAAUGGCUGUCGGGAUAUUUUCCAUCCUUUUGGAGAACGAAGUGCAGCCCACAGUGAAAAAAGUCUCUGAGCUUCUCGUGGACUGCGAUUUCAUGUACAAAAUGUCGAAAAACAGCAGAACAGUGGUCGAGGGCCUUUUUGAUGUGGUGUACAAACUGUCAAAGAGCUACUGGAAGAAGUCUGAACAGUUCCUGGCGUGCCAAAUGCUAGAAAGUCUGUUCAAGCUGAACAACGAAACAUUCGAUGAAUCGCUUAGAAAGCACAACCACACGAAGUACAUUGAAUUCACCAACAAAGAGAAUAAAAAGAUAGAAAGUGAUACUAGCUGA